AUGAAAUUCACCCCUGUCCCACAAGGGAUGCUACAGAAGGCAGAAAGCAUAUAUUGGGAAAUGAUAUGGGACGGCAAAAGGACAGGCUUAAUUAGAAGACAUGAAGCCAUAACUAGCAACCUCAAGGGAGGACUAGGAUGUCGGGAUCUUCAAAAUAUGAUGGGAGCGAUCACAAUAAAAACAAUAGCGAGAGCUAGAACAGAACCGAUACCAUCAUGGGCAACGUUGGGCAGCUAUAUGCUGAGAAACACACAAGUUAGGACACUGUCAGUACGCCAAAAUAGGUUCAUAGACCCCUGGGUACAAACCGUGGCAGCAAGACCCCCGAAACCUCCACCAAGCCUGCACCAUAUACUAAGUAUUUGGAGAGGAUUCCUCAAAAAGGCAUUGGAGGACACGGGCCCAUUGUGCUUUGGACAACCUAACACCAAAGCGGACUAUAACUCAAUUAAGUUCUGGUACCACCCCCAAAUCAAAUCAGGCCAGGGAGUAGGAGCCAGAAGGUUUGCAAGCAAAGCAUGGACCCAAAUAUCGGACGCCAAUGCAAGCACGAUGGGGGACCUUGAGGAAAUACUUCAAAAUAACCAGAACUGGACUACAAGUGAAUGGAAUAACAUUAAGAGAACCAUAACAAGUUUACUUGAUGACAUACCAUCCUCGUGGAUCAAUGCUAGGAAUAGCACAAAAAUCAAUCACACAAACACAGCCGGUCAAAUCCUACUGAAUAUGGUCAAACCAACAUCAAUAGGAACAUUCUCAAUGUGUUACAGUGCUUGUAAAAAAUUUAAUAGAAUAAACACUCCUGCUAGACCCCCUCUGCUCAGGGAAGCGCUUCAGGAAGUGAGGAAUCUCACUGGACAUAUAACAUCCGAGAAACAGUUUUGGGCAUGCCUAUGGAAUAUUUCAUUGACACCCAAAACAUGCGAUUUCGUAUGGCGGUUGGUACACAACCUAGUCCGAGUGGGUGAAGAUUUAGGAUGGCUACCAGAAGACAAGAAAUCAUGUCCCUAUUGCCGAGCUCGACUAAACAUCAGCCACAUCCUUAUUCAAUGCCCUGGCUGUAUACCUGUAUGGACCCGUAUGGGACACAUAGGCACAAAACUAGGGCAAACGUUCACCAUUCAACCGAAAUCAAUAGCACAGCUUAUUGCGUUGAUAUGUGCGGAUCCCGGGGAUACUCCAAACGCUAGAGGUAGAGGUCAGCUCCUCACUUCAAUAAUAGUGUGGAGUCUCUGGAAGAAUCACCUCCGAUGGUCGAUUGAUGGAUAUAACGGAGCCACCACACCCGAAAACACCAUAGGCUUAGCAAUUAAGCAGCUCACUUCGUGCUUCCAUAGGGACCGAGUCAUAAGUAUGACAUACAGGUACACUGGACACAAGAUGACAACAGCUCAAUUCCGACAUUUCUGGGGUAUGGAGCCCUGGACAGUAUCAACUGUUCAGCCCCCAUGGUUUCUAAUCGAUUAA